AUGAAGACAGAUCAAACAAAACCAGCUGGUCAACGAAAAAAGAAGGCAGCCAGAGCCUGCAUCCAUUGUCAAAAGGCCCAUUUGACCUGUGAUGACUCGCGGCCCUGUCAGCGAUGUAUCAAGCGCAAUCUGGCCACCACAUGUACGGAUGGUGCAAGAAAGAAGGCCAAGUAUCUGCAAGACAUUGAAGAUGCAGCAACGAGUAGCAGUUCACCUGGAACACCAUUUAGCACAACAUCAUCCAUGCAAACACCGCCCAAUAUGAAUACGCCAUUUGGACCAGAAGCAGCACCAUUUCAACCUUCCAAUUUUCUGAAUACAGGCUCUCCAUCGAUGGCUGGUUUAACAAAUGAUAAUGCCAACCGUAACAACAGCAACGCAGCCAACAACAUGAACUACAACUAUGGAUUUGGAUCCAAUGCUACGAAUUUAGAGUACUCCAUUUUAUCCAACAUGCUGGGCUCUCCAUUGGCAGACUCUGUCCCAACUGUUCAGACGCCUUCUUCCGCUGAUGUAUUGAGCAAUAUAUGGUCUCAGCAGCAAUCGCCCAUUCUUGAAUCCGUUGCAGGAACCCCACUGAAUCUGAUGAAUGCUGCCAAUGUCGCUGGCGUUGCAGAUCCCAGUACAUUCUUAUCCUCAUCAAAUCAUCUUGUAACAACGCCCACGACCUCCAAUGUACCCACUUCAUCUUCUCCAUUCAACAGCAGCAACAUGACAACUACAUCUACUACCACUAAUAAUAAGAACAAUACGACUCCUCCUACCAACAUCAACAGUAACAACAACAACAACAACAACAACAACAACAACAGCAGACCAAUUGCAUCGAUAUCUUCUUCAGCCAUGGGUACAUCACAAAUAUCCUCUUCGGGUAUAUCCACACUACAAGCGUAUGGUGAUGGAGCCGUAGUCGCCAAUGUAGCCAGUCCUGUCGCAGCCAGCACAGGACCCGCUGUCAGACGUCGAAAUCAAAUCAUCACACCCGAAAUGGCUUAUGCGAGUGCUACCAAACCCUUUAGUUAUGCAGACGGAUAUCACUAUUUGAUCAACUAUGUCAAGACAAGGAUGAGCAGAGAAGAUUUGAUGCGAAUCAGUAGAGCGCUGGCGCUAUUUAGACCCUCCGUAUUAGCUUCCAUGAUGAACCUGACAGAAGAUGACUUGGUGUUUACAGAGAAAUGCUUGCAGCGUACCUUGUUGGAAUACGAAAAGUUGAUCAGCUAUUCAGGUACACCGACGGUGGUGUGGAGAAGAACGGGCGAGAUUACGCUGGUUGGCAAGGAGUUUUCCUUGUUGACGCAGUGGUCAAGGGACAUGUUGUUGAGCAAAAAGACGUACAUUUACGAGCUCAUGAGUAAUCCAUCGGCUGUAGAGUACUGGGAAAAGUAUGCUCUGCAUGCAUUUGAUAAUACGGAUUCUGCAGUGUACAGCACCUGUAUAUUGAUGAGUCCCACAAAGCGAAUUGUUCCUUGUACGUUUUGUUUCACUAUCAAACGUGAUAUUUUUGAUUUACCCAGUGUCAUUGUUGGAAACUUUUUACCGAUACUUAGUUAG